GAAGUGCAACAGAACUAGAAUCAAUACUUGGUAUAUAUGACAAUUUGACUGCUAAUGCAUCGAAAACAAGUCUGGAAAAGUCAAACUCCUCUCAUAUAACAAUGGAUCAGCCAAUUUUUAUAGGACCAGAGUUAAACAUUAACUCUAAUUAUGACUUGCCACCAAGUUUAACUCAGAAAUCCAUAUCGGGUAUAAACAAAAGUGCAAAUAAAACUUAUCAGUGCAAUACAAAGACUUCAGAUGUAGCUGAAAUUAAUUCCAGCACCACAACAAAUAUCCAGGAUCAGGAUAAAUCAAUCUUAUCUACCAAAAACUCUUCAAAGCACCGUAGUAAUAUCCGCGUGUUGUCUCCGAAUGUUCAACGCCUGAUCACAAUAUCAGACAUAAAACCGGUAGACGCAGUUGAUAUUAAUGCGGUACAGAAUAAUUUACAAACUUUAUCACUCAGUCCAGUAUUACAACACCGUUUUGUGAAAAAACCUUCAACUCCAACAAACACUCAUAAAGCUAAGUUUUCGCAUAUUCCGCUUUCGAAAACUACUGGUAAACUUACACAAUCUGGCAAUGACCUUGUGGACACAUUUGACUCUAGCACAGAAUAUCUGGAUGCGUUAAGUUUCUCUACACCAAAUCAUAGAUCCAUUGAAAUAACAACCCCAUCUCUAAUUGACUGUCAUGACAACAUUGAUACAAAAACAACGACAAGUUUAUCACCUUCUAAUCCUACUUAUAAAUUAAAUAAUAAACCUAAACUUUCGCUAUUUAAUACAGACUCAGAGAGAACUGUGUCGCUUAUUGAAUUAGAAAAACUCAAGCAAUCGAAUCACAAAUUCGGCGCCAGUAAAAUUCAAUCUAUUGAACGUAAUACGUAUAGUGGGAAGUCAGUUGCUACAAAUCCGCAAGAAAUCGCCGAGGCAAUUAAUUAUUCAAUUUUAAAUAAUAGCAUAAAGCAUAUGACACUCACAGAAAAGUUAUCUUUUGGUGUUCCAACAAAAACUGAAGGAGUAGUAGAAACAAUUAACAUCCCUUUAAUAUCAAAAUCCCUAGCGCGAAGCAGUUCCGCUGUUACUUCUUCGAAAGUUUCAGAAUCAUCCGUACGAUACUAUUCCCGAUCAAAUAGUUUAUCUGUGAAAGCGAAUAAGGAAAGUGAUACUAAACCAAUAAUAUCAAACAAAAAUGUUAUAAAUGUCUUAGAAGACAAAAGUGUUAAAUCGCCAGGUGAAAGCAUAGACCUUGUAACAAUAAAUAAGCCAAAAUUUUCCCCAAAAGAGGUGCGGAAACAUCCCGGACUCAUUAUACCAGACAUUGCUAAAUUAAAAAUCAGACCUUUAUCAUCAUCAUCAAUAUGUUCUACAACAUCGAGUUCAAGUUCAGGAUCAGAUCAAUUAAAUAGCAAACUAAACAGCUCCUAUCUAGCAAGUGUGGAAAGCUUAGCUGACCACAGCGAAAAUGAAUCAACUGAUCUUCAUAUUAGUUUAAGUGUUUACGAACGCGCAUGUAUGGAAAUUAUAGACUCAGAACGAAAUUACGUAGAAGAUUUAGGGCAAGUCAUUAAGGGAUAUUUGCUUGAUUGGAAGGAACGAGCCUGCUUGAGUUAUGACGAGUUAAAAAUACUGUUCUCCAACAUUCAAGAUGUCUACAAGUUCAAUACAACACUUCUAAAGAAAUUAAUGGAAUCUGGGAUAAAUUCACUUAAAAUCGCAAACUGUUUUAUUGAACUACGAGGCGGGUUCGACGUGUAUACAAAAUAUUGUACAAGUUAUCCUGAAGCUAUAUCUCUACUGACAAAAUUACUGCAAGCGACGCAUACGAACGCCCUACUGGCAUCUACACAAAAAAUGUUGCAGCACACCUUGCCACUGGGUUCAUACCUAUUGAAACCUGUGCAGCGCAUACUUAAAUAUCAUUUGCUUCUAGACAAUUUACGCAAACAUUCUGACGUGAAAGAAGUGACUCAAGCGCAUGAAAUCAUGCGUCAAGUUGCUUAUAAUAUAGACCAAGUCAAACGAAAGUUAGAACAGCAAAGUCGUGUUAAGGAACUAGCUGGCAUUUUAGACGGUUGGUUAGGACCAGAACUUACGGUGUUAGGAGAGUUACGACAGGAAGGUUUGUUGAUGGAAAACAGUAAACCGCGCUUGGUAUUUCUGUUUUCGACUAUGCUGAUUUUAACUAAACAAAAAGAAGAUAGUCGUUUACAAUUCAAAAGUUAUAUACAUCAAAAUAAUUUGAUGCUUAGUGAGCAUUUGCCUGGAGAUCCGACUAGUUUCUAUGUAAUUCCAUACGACGAACCGCGACAUCAAAUUAAGCUUACUGCUAAAAACCGAGAGCAGAAAAGGUUAUGGACUCAACAUAUUAAAGCUGUUAUAUUGGAAAAAUUUGAUAAUAUUCCGAAUCAUGUUAAGGAACUUGUUUACAAAUUGGGAGAUGAGGAAGACCGCAUUACUGAUAAAAGUACGUGGAAAUGGAGUUUGAAUUCUUCAUCUACCCCAGUUUAUCUAGAGCGGCGUAAUCAAUAUCGUCGUACAGAAAUCAGAAAUCGUUCCAAAACAAAACGCAAGACGUUUGCAAAUUCUGGAUCGUUUGAGCAAUUAAAUGACCCUGAUCUAUCAAAAGAGUGUGAUGAUCUCUCUGUGCAAGAUAAUUUUCAUGUUAAAGAUUUACCACCUUCGAGUACAUCAGGUACUACAUCAGGCAAUACAAAUAGAGUAAGUGGAAAGGAUAACACUUAUGAUGUGAAUAAUGAGAAUAAGUGUGCAGACAAUGUUAUUGCAUCGGAGGAAAAUAUAUUAAGAUCUUUAACCAAUAUUAAUCGUCAACCUCAGGAAUCAUUUAUAUUCUCAGAUAAAGCACUUAAGGAGCGUAGCAAAUCUGUUCCUCGUAUAAGUUGUGAACAAAAUCUGUUACUGAAUAAGAAGGAACGAUUUUCACUGCACAGCAGCAAUACGAAUUUAGAUCCGCAGAAAAGCAAAUCUAAAAAGCUUUUUGACGUCAAACAGUACAAUAACAAAAUAUUACCGAAACGUAUAGUAACAUUGAAAAAACAACGCGGUGCUAAAAGAGAAUCCUCCAAAUUUUACACGGACUUAACCGAAUUAAAUGAUACAACAGACACAAUCCUAAAAAUAACCGAAUCAUCAGAUAAUCUUGUGGAGAAAAAAGAAAAAGGGAAAACAAUAAGUGAUACUGACUCUGUCGAUAAAAAUGAAGAGAUUCUGAGUGGGAAAUAUGUGGUACAAGAUAAAAGUGAAUUGAAUUUUUCUCCGAAUGAAAAACACAAAUUAGAUGCAGAAAUCGUUACCGAUAUUUUGCAGACUAAUAAAGACUAUGAAAAAAUUUAUAAACGAGUCUUAAGAAAACGAUUUCCACAUUAUCGUGCUGUUCCAAUUGCAAAUAUACAGAAAGAAGAAUUGCCACCAAGACCACCUUCACGAUCGCCACCACCUUUGGAAGAAGAAAAUGACCUGCAUAUAUGUAAGAAGAAUAUUUCUCUCAAAGUUGUGGAAAGCGAUGCAAUAUAUGAAACUUUACUACGAAAUGUACAUGUUCCUUAUAAAUUUUGUACUCAAUCAAAUACUCACAAAAAAAAUCAAAUUAGUUAUUUACGUGAGAAAAAGAAUUCAUGUCUUUCGAGACCCGAUUCGGAUUAUGUGACUUUAAUUUAUUCUCCAGAAGAUAAUUUAAUAAAAUUUGCAGAAAAUGAUACCGAAACUGCAAAUGAUUUUAAUCAACUCGCACAAGUUAGUCCAGUUAUUGCCAAUUCCUCCAAUCCUACCACUUCUACACCAAAACAUGAUAGUCAAGAAAGUGUGAUUAAGUUAAUAACGUCACCAACGACAUAUUCUUCACAAUCAUCAAAUUCAUUGAAUAAAGUUAUUUCUGCUGAGCCUACAAAGAAUACCUCCAUCAAACGUCAUAAAGUGCCAAGCAGUUAUCUGGGUGUCAUUUCAGCAUCAGAUAAUUCAUUCUUCUCUCGUUUAGGUAAAUCUGUGGAAGGUUAUAAUCAUUUCUAUGGGAAAUCCAAUAAAGCACUAAUACGACGCAUAUCUGAUGCUUCAGAAAUGCAUCGGCAAAGUAUACUACAUCGGCAAGGCAGCAAAGCAGUUGGAGAACGAAUGGCACAUGUUGAUUAUAUUGAUCCCACAUUGUUGUUCAAAACUGAGACUCCAGAGUCACUGCAACGUGAUUCUAUUUUUUCUUUAACAUCUUCAAGCGAUAGUGUUUGUGAUAAACGUUCAUUGGUGUCCAACAGUCUCGAUAAAUCAAAUAACUUUGAAUAUGAAGACAACGUUGAAGCAUGUUUAGAAACAGAUUUUCGAGACUCGGCGGUUUAUAGCGAUGAUAACGAGAAACGUUUAGAUUACGAAACUAAAGAGAUUAUGAUAAAAGAGAAUGAUAAAACCAAUUCUUCAAAGAAUUUAAUUUUGUCUUCAACAACAUCUUUAGCCACACCAAAAGUCCAAAAAAGUCAGGUGAUCUUGUGUCCGCCACAUAUGAGUCCUUCCAAGUCAAGAAGUUGGGUGCUACAACAAAUUGAGCAUUUUAGCAAGUAGACUAGGUCUAGAAUACACAAUUCUAAAUUAUCGCACGCCAUAAAAUGCAAAUUUUUAUAUCUACAUGUUUGUUUUAUUCAUAUUAAUGAAUCC